UGUUCCAAUACACCCAGCAGCGGCAGAAAUGCGUUAGGUGAAGCUUCAUUCCAGGCUUGGAACUGCAGAGCUAGAAGGGACCCUAGGGAUCAUCGAGUCCAGCCCCUGUCGAGGUGGCACCGUGGGGGGAAUUGAACUCCCAACCUCGAUCCAGCAGUUCUUUCAAGACACCAGGGUGCUUCUCCUAGAGAAGGCCUGCUCUGUGUGACAGGUGCCAAAGCCAUCUUUGUUAGUCUCCGUAAAAAGAAAGGAAGGGGGAGGCGGGGUCACCCUACUGUCCUACCCGUAGCUUGUAGGGUGGUUGUAAAGUGUUCUGUGUUGUCUCGUUGCAUUCCAGACGUUUGUUUAAUGAGCCUAAGGAAUUUUUUCCACACCUGUCCUUAUAGCUCCCUUACAGCGAUCAGAUGUCAUAAGGCUUCUAAGAAAGCCAUAUUUGCUGACGAUUGACUAUCAAAGGAGUACAGCCCUGUUAACCUUUGAGUCUGGUCAUCUGAAUCCCUUUCAGUUCACAAGUGGAUAAAAUAUGUGAAAGGAAUUUUCCUUGAGCCAAAACAAGUGUUUGACACUGACUCCUUUCCUUCGUGUGUUUAAUGAUUGCAUAGAGGGAAGCAGGAUGACACCUGGUGGCACCAUCCCUUUAGUUGCAUGUGGUUGCUGGGAACCUGGUCAUUUCAGACUUCAGUGCUUUGAACAGAAUGUAGGAAUAGGUUCAAAGCCCAUAUAGUUACAGAUAGAGGGUUAUACUUGUGAUUGAGGGCCCUGAUACAGCUAAAGGCAGAGAAUAUAAUUGAAAUAAGUUCCUCGUGCCCUAAAUAUAUUGGGAAUCCUUUUAGCAUGUUUGAUCUGUGUAGUAAAUAGAACUAAAGUACUACUAUUGCAUGUUCUACACAUAUCCUGAAAGCUUGCCAUGUUGCCAAAGAUAUUUGAACUUAAAUGCUAGUCAGAAACAGUAGACAAAAUGCACUGGGGAUUAUUUAAAUGUUAUGUUUACAUGUAAAGUUUUACUUGGAAAUGGUUUUAACUGAAAUAUUUGUAAAAACUCUGAGACAUAGCAUAGUAGGAACAUGAAUUGUGUAACAUGAAUUUUGAGAAAUAAUGCACAUUCACACUGAAUUUUUUAAACAUAAAUACUAAUAUGCCCCAAAACUUGUACAGUAGGAGUUAUCUAAAUAAAACCCUAGUCCUACUUCUGUCUCUGUGUUAAAUCAGUGUGUGGAUGACAAGUGGGGAUGGUACAUGCUGGCCCCCUCCCCAAACUCUCUGCAGCUUAGUGAAGAUUAGAACAGUUCCUACACUGAUACAGGUGUAUGUUCAAUUGGAAAUUCUGGCUGUGACAAUAUUCUAAUUGAGCAUACACAUCCUAUGCAUGUACAUACUGUAUUUGAGUGUAGGUUUGGAGGGAACAAAACCUACACAGGUUGCACAUGUACACUGGAAGAAUUACAAACUGUGGCAUCUCCACGGCAGGUUAAACGAGAACCAGAAGAGGGGCUACAGGAACGUUGGGAAGCCCAAUGGCAGGAGUUCCUGAGGACACUUCAGGCCCCUCACUCAGAAUGGGAGAGCAUACCUGUGUCUGAGGAGCUGAAGCCAUGGGAUGACGUUAAGGCUUUUCUGGCCUCCUUCGAGCAAGUUGCAACAGCAUGCCGGUGGCCUAAGGACAAGUGGGUUCCCCUCCUCCUGCCAGCCCUGAGUGGAGAGGCUGAACAGGCCUUCAGCAGCCUCAGUACCCAAGACAGGGCAGACUACGAAAGAGUGAAGGCAGCCAUCUUUCAAGGAGAGGCCAACGCUAGGGAGAGGCAGCGCCAGCACUUCAGAGAGUUCUGCUAUCAGGAAACAGAAGGGCCAAGAGGUGUCUAUAGUCGACUCCGAGAGCUUUGCCAUCAGUGGCUGAAAGUGGAGAGACACACUAAGGAGCAGAUCCUGGAAGUUCUGAUCCUGGAGCAGUUCCUGACUGUCUUGCCCUGGGAAAUGCAGGCAUGGGUCAGGGAGCAUGGCCCAGAGACUUGUGCCCAGGCUGUGCUCUUGGCAGAAAGUUUCCUGGUUAACCAGAAGGAGGCCACAAGGCCAGAAGAGCAAUUCCCAGUGUCAGAGACUUUGGGGGUGGUAAAAGAUGUGAACGCCUCUGAGACAGGUCAGGGUCAACCCCCAGAUACCUGGAAGAGGUUUCUAUGCAAGGAGGAGCAAAAUGAAGAGGGAAGCUCAUUGGGAAAGAAACUGAACCUUCACCAUAAGGAAAACAGUUUUCCGCAGGAGAAGCCAGAGCAUGUUGAAUCAAGAGAUGCAUUGCUGAGAACCAGUGCACUGCAAAAUUAUGAAGCAGAAAUAAAGUGUGGAAAUCAGCAGAGACCAGAGAGUCAGCAGGUAGUUGACCUAGAGAUGAGUAAUGCUUUUCCCAGCAUGAAAGGUAAAUUUGACCAGAAGGGAGCCAGAGCACACCAUAACAUCCACUUCUCUGGAAGACACUUCCCUUGGAGUUCGGGCCUAGGAGUACAUGAGAGAUUCAAACAAACAAGGAAAGCAUAUGAGUGCUUAGAGUGUGGGAAAGUUUUUGAUCAUAAAGGAAAUUUUAAGAAUCACGGGAGAGUUCACACUGGAGAGAAGCCAUACAAGUGCUCUGAGUGUGGGAAAAGCUACAUUCAGAAAGGGAAUCUUAUGAUCCAUGAGAGAACUCACACUGGAGAGAGACCAUUUAUGUGCAUGGAAUGUGGGAAGACUUUUAGUCAAAAGGGAAACCUUGCCAAACAUGAAAAAAUGCAUACUAGAGAGCCUGUAUAAGUGUGUAUAACCACCAAUUUCCUCUGUUGACUGUCAAUGAUGUAUAACAUAUUGUUGAGUUACGGCUCUGAAAAGGGGCAAGACUGGUCAAAAGAUCUUGUUCAUUCUAUGCAUUUUGGUAUCUGGAAAUAUAUAAGAGAAUAUAGGAAAGCUGUGUAUUGUGUUACAUUGUUGAAAUUGUAUUUUAUUGUGUUGUGCUUUUAUGUAAGCCCCACUGAGAGGGCUUGUUAACCUGAAGGGUGGCCUGAAAAUAUUUCAAACAAAAUAAAUAAGCAUUAAUUCAGCUUAUUUGUACUCCUAAAAGCAUAGGUUGGAGAGCAGGGCCAGCAGAAGCAUAUCCCACAAUGCAGGCAUUGAUGGAACACAUUGACAGAAUGUAAGACAUUUUCAGGUAGUCAUCUGAAAAAAAAAAGUUAAUUGUGACUUUCAGGUGUCCAGUUUGAUUGGUGUCAUAUGUAUUAUGUUACCAAUUCAUUUGACAUAGCAGUGCACUUUUCAGGGUUUCUCCCAACAAACAGAACAGAAGAAACCUGGCAGUCUCACACUAAAGCCAGUUUUCAUAUUCUGCCUAACACAAAGGGUGAAAGCAUCAGGCCAAUGGGUAUAUGGUUGUUGUAGGUUUUCAGGCUGCCUGGCCGUGUUCUUGAGGUUUUUCUUCCUGA